GCUUGAUUCUUUUCUUCCAUAGUGUUGGUGGUUGUAUUCUUGAUUUUGCGGUUGACAGAUUUCAUGGGAUUGCUGUAUUCCAACCAGUGAUUAAUGGAGUAGGAGGUAAUUUAGUUGCAGUUCAAGCUAGUCGCAUCUCAACAUAUCUUCAUCAAAGAUCAAAAUUAGGUGUAUUGCCUGGAGAAGAUUCAGAACUGUGCAAGGAUCCCAUAUCUGCAUUCUUUGGAAAAAGUUUACAUUCAACUACAGCGAGAGUCCUUAUGUUGAUGGUCAUCCCUGGUCAUCUUGUGUUCACAUAUGGAAUUCGCUUUGUGAAUGCUGGUCAUACAUCAGUGACCCCUAUGUUUUUGACAUUUUAUUUGUUAGCAGCUGUAAUUCAGGUGGCUCUUCUUUUGUACUUCGCACAUGUCAUGAUCCAUUGGAUGUGGAUAAAGCACAUUGAUCCAGAUAACUCUGCAAUACCAUAUCUUACUGCCUUAGGUGACUUACUGGGUACAGCUUUGCUGGCAAUAGCUUUUACCAUUCUGUACAGUAUUGGGGAUAAAGAUGCAGAUGUUGGAGAGUAA